AUGAAGCCCAGAGAAUACUGCUGCUGCGCAAUCCCCGUCAUUUACACGGGCAUCUAUACGGCGCUGGUGGAGCAGUUCGCCCUCGGCAUCACAGCUGGUACCCUCUCAAUAGGGACGUCUUCAAUUGUUGGUGCUACUGGCGCGACACCAUCCGCAGCGAAAUGGAUUUUCGCCAUCAUAUGCUAUGUCGGAGCUGCUUUGCAGCUUAUGGGUUUCGCUGCUGUUCGCAAUGAGAAACCCACGUUGUUCAGGCGGUACACGACACUCCAUCUCAUCGUGACACUUGCCGCCUUCUCUAUCGCGGUAGUCUGGAUCGUGCUGUCAGCGGCUCGGCAUAGCAAUGCGGUCUCAGCAUGUAAAUCGACGUUCUUUGGCACCGCUUCUGACCUCCAGGACGAGGCCAACACCCUUUGUGACAUCUUCCCAUGGGUAGAUGUCGGUGUUAUGGGUGGCCUGUGGGUUAUACUAGCCAUCAUGCAGGUCUACCUCUACUUUGUCCUGUCCUCCUAUAUUGCGGGUCAGGAGCGUGACCACAACAAGUACGACUCCAUGUACGACCCCACCAAACCCCUUGCUAGUGAUAUCCCGCUGACCGACCGCGCCGACCCCUGGGACUCACGCGCGUCCAUGGACUCUCCUCCUCGCGGAUAUCACGACAGGUCAGAGAGCAUUGACAGUGUUUCCACGGUCCUGGGUAAUAAAGUUCAACAAUCCCGGGAAUACGAUGACUACGGUCAGACGUCCUACCGGCCAGACGACCGUCACGACGCCCAUACAAGCGCACAGAACGCUGGCUCGGCCGCGGUGGUGAAAGACGGUUAUACCCAAGGCUACAGCCGUGGCGGGGACUAUCCUGACCACUCGUGA